AUGGCGAGUCUCGACGUCUCCGAUAUCGCGGCGCAGUCAGCGCAGCUCCGUGCAGAACUAAAGGAGUGGGAAAGAGCUUUUGCCGCCGCAAAUGAGGGGAGAAAAGCGGAACGGAGUGAUAUCAAGCAAGCGCCUGAGAUUGCGGCCAAGUAUAAGGAAUACUCUCGAUUGAAAUCGCUAGAGAAAUCAGUGCGAUACGAGAAGAAACACAACCCCAACUCUGUUAACUUAGAAGAACGUCCCAAGAAACGCAAGCAUGCAUCACCCCCUGGAUCCCAUGAGGCCCGCCUUGAAUCGACGCCGCGCAAAGCGGCAAAAGGACCUUUCACAACCCCCUCUAAGCCACGCGGGCAUCCAUCUGAAUUCGACCCUUACGAUUCUCCGUCAGCGCUGCGCAGGCUUUUCAGUCCAUCUACGCAUCAACAGUCCUCGUCGCCGUUGAAGACAGCUAUCGGACCCACCCCACAGAGAGACGGGAAGGCAUUGGGUCUCUUUGACCUAUUAUCCGAAUCGGGCGGGAGUACAGCAACACCCACGGCGGCAAGGCUGGCUAGUGUACGUGGAGCAGCGGCGCAAACACCGUCGAAGAGGAAAACACUAGAUACCAUUGCGGAGGAGGAAGAGGAGGAAGACGGUCCUCGCGGUGACCGGACCCCUGCUUCCGCAAGCAAGAGUUAUAUGCUUUCGGCGUUAUUUGCGACACCCACAACAUGGCGUUACGCUACCAUGAUGGACAAUCGAAACGAUGCUAUUCGUCGUGAGCCUUCACCUCAGCCAAGCGCUAACGACGCUGGUCAAGGAGCCCCAGAGUCAGAGACUCCAGCAUUUUUGCGACGAUCCAACUCAGCACGCUACGCUGCUUCAAACCCUAAUGGCGAAGGUCUGAGCCCAAUCAAUGUACGAAAGCGACCCCGGUUUGUAGGCAAAGGACUGUCUGCUUUGGUACAAGGACUACGAGACAUGGAAGAAGAACACCUAGAUAAUGAGUUGGAUGUACUCCGCGAGAUAGAAGCAGAACAAGCUGGCAUGAACACUGAAGCGACUGAUAGUCAGGCUGUCGAGCAGGACACAGUACCAACGUUCAAGAAGAAGGGUCAAAAACGAACGACACGCAGGGUUCGCAUGAAGCCGGUUAUCUCCAAGCCAAAAUGCGAGUCACAGUUACCAGCGUCAGAGGAUGAAGACAACACAGAUAAUGUGGAUCAAAGUGAUGACGAGCUGGCGGCGGUGCCAGAGACCCAACAGCCGGGUGCCAGUGGCGACGAAACCAAUGGUGUUCCAGAUGCUGCUUCGCUGCAUUCAAUAUCAGAGCCGGAGCUUGAUUCUGACUCAGAUUAUGAGGAGCAAUCUAAACCCCCGGCGAGAAGCAAAAGCUUCUCAGAAAGGAUAAGGGAUGCUAUUGGGGUUGUAGAGCCGCCACCGGCAGAGAAGCAGGAGAAACCCCAGCCUAAAGUGAAAGAGAAACAGACUAAGCCUCGCGAGAGGAAGGUCAAUCCCGAGGCACAUGCUAAUUACCGGUCACUGAAACUUAGAAAUAAGAAUUCAAAAGGCAGAGGCGCAGGGCGCUUCGGUAGGAGACGAUAA